UGUGAAAACGAGUCCGCGCUGAACCUGUAUGAGACCUGCAAGGUGCGAGUGGUGAAAGCGGGAGAGAAGCUGGUGGAACACCUGGUGCCCGCCUUCCGGGACAGCGAUCUCUCCUAUGUCACUGUCUUCCUGUGCACCUACCGAGCCUUCACCACCACCCAGCAGGUCCUGGACCUGCUGUUCAAAAGAUAUGGAUGCAUCCUUCCUUAUUCUGAUGAGGACGGCGGACUCCAGGACCAAUUGAAAAAUGCCAUCUCCUCCAUUCUGGGCACCUGGCUGGAUCAGUACUCGGAGGACUUCUGUCAGCCCCCAGACUUUCCCUGCGUCAAGUAGCUGGUGGCCCACGUGCAGCUCACCAUGCCUGGUUCCGACCUGGAGCGCCGUGCCCACUUUCUGCUGGCCCCACUGGAGCAUGCAGGGCCCCUGGAGGCCGAGCCCGAGGAUGAGAAGGCUGGGGCUGGGUGUGUGCGGUGUGCGGGGAUGGGUCGUUGCCGGCCCCACAGGGAGGAGCCCCCAGAGGCUGGUGUGGGGCCAGGAGCAAGGACUGGAAUCAGAGCACCCACUCUGUCUCCAGCUCCAGCGCCAGUUCUAAAAACGGCUCCAAAACUAGAGCCAGCUUUAGCACCAACUCUCCUGCCCGCCCCAGAGCUCCAGGCAGCCCCAGCACCUGCUCCAGAGCCCGAAGCAGCCCCGGCACCCGCCCCAGAGCUCCAGGCAGCCCCAGCACCCGCCCCAGAGCCCGAGGCAGCCCCGGCACCUGCCCCAGAGCAAGAGGCAGCCCCGGCACCCACCCCAGAGCCCGAACCAUCUCUGUCACAAACUCUCUAGCUGGAGGCAGCUCCAGCACCCGGGUCUCCCUGCCCUUCAAAUGUGGCUGCAGAAAAUGGCCUGAAUGAGAAGCCUCACCUCUGGGCCUUCCCUCCUGACCUGGGGGCAGAGCAGUUUACCCUGAUGGAUGCGGAGCUGUUCAAGAGGGUGGUGCCCUACCACUGCCUGGGCUCCAUCUGGUCGCAGAGGGACAAGAAGGGCAAGGAACACCUGGCUCCCACUGUCCGCGCCACUGUCACCCAGUUCAACAACGUGGCCAACUGCGUCAUCGCCACCUGCUUGGGGGACCGGAGUGUCACGGCCUGGGACAGGGCCAGGGUGGUGGAGCACUGGAUCGAGGUGGCCAGGGUAU